AUUCUAGUGCACGUCGAGUUUCUAUGGGAGUCGCCCAAGGAAACCGCUCGAGCUGCUCGGACCGGAUCGACGAGACCAAAAUAAAGAGACUUAAGACAAUAAUCAUGAGAAAUACUCAUCGUUAUGCUGUGACGUUAACAUAUUUAAAGCGCUCGGACUGGAUUUUAAUCGCUUCAGGACCGCAAUGAGUGACUUCCGGUAUAAACCGUCACGAGAAGAGAGCGAGGCGGAUCUUUACGAUCAUAUCAGAGGAAGUGUUUAGAUCUUCUGUCAGAGGAUCACGGGACGUGUGACGAUCCGAUGACUUUGUCAGGUUUCAGAGGAGUGUUUGUUUGGGUCUCAGUGGAGACAUGAAGACAUUACUCGUGUUGAGCUGUCUGCUGUUUUUCACUCUAGGGGAAGACUCAGAUCAUCAGAAGCAGGAUCCAGUUCAGUACCUGCAUAUCGGCGACGGCUCCUCGAGGGAGUUCGAGUUCCCGCAGAACACACGUGGCGUGAUCGUCAUCUCCAGCCGGUACCGCAGCGGAGCGCGCAAGGGUCGCCAGAGCCUGAAACAGACGGUUCGGGUCAGAUCUCUGGACCCGGAUGUCAUCUCCGUCCUCAACGUGAGCGACAGCGGCCGUACGGGAGCCUCGAGCAGCUACAUCAUUAGCAUCCACUCAGGAGUGCCAGGAAUGGCUCCGUUACUCAUCCAGCUUCUGGAUCUGGAGCGGGAUUCCCCUCCGGUUGUGAUAGAGGAGCGGAGCGAUUACUCCAUCAGGGUGGCGGCAGGCGGCGACGACCCGGCUACCCGGCUCCUGGACUCAGGGGGCCUGUCGCACUUCUCGCAGAACCCGGUCCUGUUUGCUCUGCUGCCGCUCAUCUUCAUCAAUAAGUGUGCGUUCGGCUGUAAGGUGGAUGUGGACGUUCUGCUGGGUCUGAUGAAGAGGCCGGUCCCGCUCCUGCUGGGUGUGCUAGGACAGUUCCUCAUAAUGCCGCUGUACGCCUACGGACUGUCCCGCCUGGUGUCGCUUCCCAAAGCGCUGUCCUUGGGUCUGGUCAUCACAUGCUCUGCUCCAGGCGGCGGCGGCGGUUAUCUCUACAGUCUGCUGCUGGGUGGAGACGUCACUCUGGCCAUCUGCAUGACACUCGUAUCCACGGUGGUGGCGGCCGCAGCGAUGCCGCUGUCCUCUGCGUUUUACGGCUGGUUAUUGGGCGUGCACGCAGCUCUUCACGUGCCCUUUGUCAAGAUCCUCGGAACGCUGCUCUUCAUUGCCAUUCCCAUCUCGCUGGGGAUGCUAGUGAAGCUCCGUCUGCCCACGGUCAGCGGUGUCCUGCUGGCCCUCAUCCGUCCCUUCAGCUUCGUGCUGAUUGUAGGCGGAAUCUUCAUGGCCUACCAAAUGGGCUCCUCUAUUCUGGCCAACGUACGGCCUCCGGUCGUGAUGGCGGGCGUGACCGUGCCCGUGUUUGGCUUGCUGCUUGGUUUGGGCAUGGGGCGGUUGGCGGGGCUCUUGUCACCGCAGCGGAAAACCGUCAGUAUCGAGGUGGGCGUGCAGAACAGUCUCCUGGCGUUGGCGGUCAUGCAGUUGUCGUUCCAGCGGGCCGAGGCGGACUAUGCGUCCCAGGCGCCGUUCAUCGUGGCACUCAGCAGCACGUCUGAGAUGCUUUUGUUGGUUCUUACUCAUUUUGCCCACCAGCGCCUGUGCCUGCCACCCACCUCUCGAAUCACCACCUGAUCAAUCGCCAAAUCCGAAAGCCAAUCGCUGCCAAAAACAAUACUGCCGAUCUGCUGCAACUGACACUUCCAGUGUUUCUGUCUUACAACCAAAGGCCUUUAGUCAUUGAGGCCAGUUUUGUUUUAGCCUCUUUUUAAAAUACUUUGAAUGAAUACGAUCUUUCCUGUAUCACAAUGACAGUGUUUACAAAAGCUAUUUUUCUAAGUCAUUUUGCUGUUUGCUUUUUUACUUUGUAAUUCAAGCAGUUUGUAUCUUGUAUGUGUGAUUGAGAUGUUGUGUGGUGAUGUUUAUGUGAUUGAAUUCAUACACUGGAAUAAUGGGGAAUAAAUGUUUUUUGGAACAGUC